GACGUCGCAGCCUCGGUAAUGGCAAGUGACAGAGGGUGAGGAAGACGAGGUGAAACUUUCAGCGAACUAGUUGCCGUUGGUUGAUUUUGUUAAGCUUUAUAACUGCAGCAGUGUCACUUUCUUUCUACUUUGACAGGCGUUAUUAUCGUUUGACUGAGAACUGACCGUGUUCCCUGUGAGGCUAACUAGAGUCGUGAACGGUUGGUCGCGAAGUAGUUAGCAGAAAUACACCAGAAGUUUGUUCGACUUCAAUUUAAAUACGUAGAGACACCGACGAAGAGACGCUAUGACCAACAGAGAAGACGAAUAUGACUAUCUUUUUAAAGUGGUGCUUAUCGGAGAUUCAGGUGUGGGGAAGAGUAACCUGCUGUCCCGCUUCACCCGAAAUGAGUUCAACCUGGAGAGCAAGAGCACCAUCGGGGUGGAGUUCGCCACACGCAGCAUUCAGGUAGAAGGCAAGACCAUCAAGGCUCAGAUCUGGGACACAGCUGGACAGGAGCGAUACCGAGCUAUCACUUCUGCGUACUACCGUGGGGCAGUUGGAGCUCUCCUGGUUUACGACAUCGCCAAGCACCUGACGUAUGAAAAUGCUGAGCGCUGGCUGAAGGAGCUGCAGGACCACGCAGACAGCAACAUAGUCAUCAUGCUGGUGGGCAACAAAAGUGAUCUACGCCACCUAAGGGCGGUGCCAACAGACGAGGCCAAGGCCUUUGCAGAGAAGCAUGGCUUGUCUUUCCUGGAGACGUCAGCAUUAGACUCAUCUAAUGUGGAGCUGGCUUUCCAGACUAUUCUCACAGCCAUCUACAACAUCGUGUCACAGAGGCAGAUGUCAGGGCGAAGCGACUCAGACUUCUCACCAGCCUCCAACGUAGUGCCCAUCACGGUUGAGCCCACCCAAAACUCAGCCAGUAAGGGUGUCUGCUGCCAGUCCAACUGAGACCUUACCACUGACCUCCUUCACCUCCAGGCAUUUGGAGAAACAGACAGAUAGACAAACAGAGACAGACAGAUGGACAGGGAGAAUGGAGAGACAGGUAGAGAUAACCACUUCACACAAGGACACUUGUACUGGGGCUGAUUUGGUCUUUUGUCUGGUUAAAAAACGUAACACUGUACGAAGAGGGGACCAGUGAAGGAGGGACAGUAAAGAAGUUUAGACGGGGGGUGUGGUAUGGGAGGAUUAGUAUUAAUGGAAAGAAAACGGGUGAGAUGCACCUUACCCAGUGCAUUAAGCUUUUGAAAGCGGUACAUGAUCAGAACUGAUUCACAAUCUAAUGAAAAAUUUAACACAUUAUGAGGUCCCUUUUGUAUCUCAUCACGAUUUCUGUCUUUGAAAACUGUCCUCCCUUUUGAAAGCUCUAUUUUACAAGCCAGUAAAUGCUUUCUCUCAGUUUCCAACCACCAGGAUAUUGGGCAAUAAAAAUCCACAUCCAGAAGACUGAACUGCAACCCCUCUGUCACCACCAUCAUUCCCAUUUUCCUCUAAAUGUAUAAUAUUUAGAAAAUAAUGUCCCUUACAAUAUUUAUUGAACACUAGAUUAAGGUCUUGUUUGGCCAAAGGGUCUGUAAUUUAACACUAUUUGGUUCUAAUUUUCCACACUGAUCGCUUUGCAGCAAAGGGAGCUUUCUUGCUUUUUGAUGCUUUUGCCCACAAUCAUAUCUGUGUGAAGAAGCUUGAAAGGGCAAAUACCCCUCACUAAUGGAGGAACAAGGGCUUCAAGUCAUUUUUUCCUAAAUGCACAUGCUGGAAUUUGGUCGAAGUUGGUUGGUUCAAGUUGUGUUCCACCAGACCACUCAGAGCAAUAACAUCCCUCCCUACCAGUGACAUGUAAUUUCUUUUUGAUUGCUUUUGAUCUUUGUUUGGAAGGCUUUCCUGCUCUGUGCACACUUUGUACUCUGCAGAUGAGUCAUGCUCUUGCAGCUAUCCCAUCUCAUUUAGAGUUAACGCUGUGCAAAGCUUGCAUUGCUAGUGAAUGGGUUAACUGCCUCACAAGUUGGUGAGAAAGCAGUAUGGGCUCU